CACCGUGGGUGUCAGGGGAAGCGAGAUGAGAUCAUAACUCCGUGUAUCUUAAGGCUCUGGCAACACGCAGCAGUUAUUUAAUUAAUGCUUGAGUGGAACCUGUGCAUCUGGCGUAACCUGCUGGUGGCUGGAGGUUAAACCUUGCCCUACAGAAGACUAAAUGUGCAGUUCAUCUGGGAAGGAACUGAAAUUACUGAAUUUUGCCAACUGAAGAUGCUGCUGCUGUGGAAGCUGCUGUUCCUGGUAUUACUUGUUGGCUGUCUUGGAGAUCCUGAGAGCUCCCGGACGAAGAUGAGGAGCGCGGUGUCGGUGCGAGAGGGGCAGGGAGUUGUGCUGCUCUGUGGCACGCCGCCUCGUGCGGGAGAAUUGUCAUUUGCUUGGAUCUUCAAUGAGUAUCCAUCAUUUGUACAAGAGGACAGUCGGCGAUUUGUGUCUCAGGAGACCGGUCACCUCUACAUAGCCAAAGUGGAGCCGUCAGACGUGGGAAAUUACACCUGUGUCGUAACCAGCACAGUGACAAACAGCCACGUUCUUGGGUCUCCUACUCCUCUAGUGCUGCGCACCGAUGGUGUAAUGGGAGAAUAUGAACCCAAAAUAGAAGUUCAGUUUCCUGAGACACUUCCUGCAGCUAAAGGCUCGACUGUGAAGCUAGAAUGCUUUGCACUAGGAAACCCUGUGCCUCAGAUUAACUGGAGAAGAACUGAUGGUCUGCCGUUUCCGAGUAAAAUAAAGCUAAGGAAAUCCAAUGGCAUGAUUGAAAUACCUAAUUUCCAGCAGGAGGAUGCAGGGUUGUAUGAAUGUAUUACUGAGAACUCAAGAGGAAAAAACAUUGCAAGAGGACGUCUCACUUACUAUGCAAAACCUCACUGGAUCCAGACAAUAAAAGAUACCGAAGUUGCUGUAGAGGACACGUUAUACUGGGAUUGCAGAGCCAGUGGGAAGCCCAAACCAUCGUAUAGGUGGCUGAAGAAUGGAGAGCAGCUGUCAAUAGAGGGAAGGAUCCAAAUUGAAAAUGGUGCACUUACAAUAUCAAAUCUAAAUCUGACAGAUUCUGGCAGAUACCAAUGCAUAGCUGAAAAUAAACAUGGUGUCAUCUCUUCGAGUGCAGAGCUCAGGGUUGUAGCUUCUGCUCCAGAUUUUUCCAAGAAUCCAAUGAAGAAAAUGAUUCAGGUUCAAAUAGGCAGCACGGUUGAUUUUGAAUGCAGACCAAAAGCUUCCCCUAAGGCCAAAUGUUCCUGGAAGAAGGGAGGUGAGCAGCUACACGAAAAUGAAAGAAUCACGUUCCUAAAGGAUGGAGGACUGAGAAUAGCCAACGUGACAAAAGUUGACGCUGGUAGUUACACCUGUGUGGCAGCAAACCAGUUUGGAACAGCCAGUGGGACGACAAACUUGAUAGUUACAGAGCCAACAAGGAUUACUUUGGCACCUUCAAACAUGGAUGUCACUGUUGGAGAAAGUGUUGUCUUGCCUUGCCAGGUUCAGCACGAUCCUAUCCUGGACAUCAGCUUCACGUGGUAUUUCAAUGGGACGCUCACCGACUUCAAAAAAGAUGCCUCCCAUUUUGAGAAGGUUGGAGGGAGUGCAUCAGGAGAUUUAAUGAUUAGAAACAUCCAGCUGAAACAUAGUGGAAAAUACGUUUGUAUGGUGAAGACAGAAGUGGAUAGUGUAGCAUCUGCAGCAGACCUUAUAGUACGAGGCUCACCUGGGCCCCCUGAACAUGUGAAAGUGGAUGAAAUAACUGAUACCACAGCUCAGAUCUCCUGGCAAGAAGGCACAGAUAAUCACAGCCCAGUAACCACAUACACCGUACAAGCAAGAACACCUUUUUCAGUUGGCUGGCAGCGAGUUACAACAGUUCCAGAUGUGAUUGAUGGAAAAACAUUCACAACUACGGUGGUGGAUUUAAAUCCUUGGGUUGAAUAUGAAUUUCGUGUAGUUGCCAGUAACAAAAUAGGAGGUGGAGAGCCUAGUUUACCCUCAGAAAAAGUAAGAACCGAAGAGGCAGUUCCUGAAAUUCCCCCAUCUGAAGUCAGUGGGGGAGGCGGCAGCAGGUCUGAACUGGUCAUAACAUGGGAUCCCAUCCCUGAAGAGUUACAAAAUGGAGAAGGAUUUGGAUAUGUUGUCGCUUUCCGUCCCUUUGGCACCACAACAUGGAUACAGACUGUAGUUACCUCUCCUGACACACCCAGAUACGUCUUUAGGAACGAAAGCAUCUUGCCCUUUUCACCAUAUGAAGUCAAAGUUGGGGUCUAUAACAACAAAGGAGAAGGGCCAUUUAGUUCAGUAACCACAGUUUUUUCAGCUGAAGAAGAGCCUACUGUAGCUCCUGCUGGCGUAUCAGCGACUAGCCUGUCCUCCUCAGCCAUCGAAGUCUCCUGGACAGCCAUUCCCUGGAAGAUGAGUAGUGGAAGGCUACUGGGUUAUGAGGUUAGAUACUGGAAUAAUGGUGGAAAAGAAGAAUCUUCAAACAGAGUGAAAGCUGCAGGGAAUGAGACAUCAAUAAGAAUAACAGGUUUGAAGAGCAACUUGGCAUACUACACAGCUGUCCGUGCUUAUAACAGUGCUGGAGCGGGUCCCUUUAGUGCCACAGUAAAUGCUACCACAAAAAAGACACCACCCAGUCAACCACCAGGAAAUAUCGUGUGGAAUGUUACUGACUCCAGAGUAAUCCUCAACUGGGAAGAAGUAAGAGCCAUGGAGAACGAGUCUGAAGUGACUGGGUAUAAGGUUUUGUACAGGACAAGCAGUCAGACCAAUAUGAAUGUGCUGAACACAGACAAGACAACAGCUGAAAUUCUGCUCCAGCUUAAUGACGAUUACAUUAUAGAAGUAAGGGCAACAACUGAUGGUGGAGAUGGCACUAGCAGCGAUCAGAUCCUGAUUCCCAGACUAGCAAGUAUGGAUGCAAGAGGUUCUGGUCCACCAGUCUUGAAUACAUUCAGUCUCUCCGGCUUCUUACCAACAAUAUUUUACUUGACUCUUAAUUCAGUGUUGUGAUGAUGCAUUUUCAUUUGCUGAGAAAAAAAAAAAUGAAUCAGUUAUUACAGAAAAGUGCUUUUUUUAAAAAAAAUGCAGUGGUUAAUGCAUGUUUUUCUUCUGACGUGUUUUUAAAUUCUUUAUAUUUCACUGUAGGAUGAAGUAAAAAUAUCAUGUAAAGUUUAGCAAAUCCUUUAAAAAGGAAUCUAAAAUGCCUUAAUACUUGAACCAAAGGAGUUUACAUAUUACAUACUUCAGAUACAAUGUAAAAGAGAGGGUGAAAGCAAUGGCACUGUGAUCACCUACAAGGACGAGCUUAGCUCUAUGAGAAAUUCCAUUUUUGCAAUGACAAUGAAUUGUUGUUUUGAGUACGUUCUGUAUUGUUAUGUACAAAUGAAAGAUGAGAUCAGAGACAUACCUUCAGUCAGAAUAGCACACGUCAACCAACCGGCAGUUCUUAAGACAGUGUCGUAAUCCAGUCAACUUGGAUCUGUUUGCUUGCUGCCCUUUACACAGGUUAUUCUAAAUCUAGCAAGAAAUCAAAGCUAGAAGGUAGAGAAAAGUCUCAGCAUGAAUGUUAGUUUUGCACAGUCCAUGUUGAGGUGUCCAAGAGGCAGGGCUUCCACUACUACUCAUAAGAAAUUAUCUCACAGCCAUGUUUCAAAGAAGGCUCUCUGUUUUAUCACAGUGCAUGUUUAUGUACCCUUCAAGCCCCUGAUCCUCCUCUUAAUCAAUAGACUUCUAAGUUAAUUUCCUUGCAUCUCUACCUUAUAUUUUGUAACCAGGUUCCUUCUUCAUAACCAAGUUCUCCCACCUUCAGGAUUGCUCUAAUUGCCCUUCUCUGAACUCCUGUCAUUGCGUUUUGCUAACAGAAGUGCCCAUGUUUAAGCAUUACUGAAAUGCAGUUGCACCAUGGCCUUACCAAAAGGGACUAUUACCACCUCCCUACCUUGUGAUGUGGUGCUUCCCAAUAUGCAGCCCAAAAUUAUUUUGCUCUUUUGUCUACCACACUGCAAUGUAAACUCAUCCUUAAUUCAGCAUUUGCUGUUACAUUCAUAACUCUCCUUCCAGCUGCUCUUUAACCAGUUCAAAGUAUUUCACCUGGUCUGGCACUCUACUGCACCCAUUACUAUCAUAUAAUUCUAGUAAGUUUAUGGCAAUAGUAUAAUUUAUAAUACAAAAAAUACACAAAGACACUUCAAGCUUGAUAUUACAGAGAAAUCUAUGCUUUCUUUCAUAGCAAUAUAAUAAAUAUACAUUAAACCUGGUACAUUGGACUUUAACAGUUGCGAAUUUAGACCAAGUCAGCCUUCUAGACACCUUUUAAAGAGCUACCCACAUCCAUGGUAGAGCAAGUGUUCACAUGACAUAAAGCAUAUCCUUUUAAAGAGGUUCAUUUCUAUCUCACAGUAUUAUUACAACACACAGAAAUAUAAAGAGAGAGAACCAGGAUUAAUGAAACCAUGAUAGCACUGUAGAAAUACCUUGAUAUGCAUUCAAAUAGCAAAUUACAUUAUUAGUAUCACAUCCAUAUGAAACUAUGUGCUAACUGUUGAGGUAAGCAAGAUCUGUAUAUACUGUACAUAUGUGGUUAUAAAUGGCUAGUUGCUUUUCAAUGUGGCUAACCAGUGAUGUUUUCAGACACUUGCAAACGGGGGGAGGGGGGAAAUGGAGAAGAGAUGUUACUAGUAAGUAUAUAGUUAUGUUUCAUGCAACAAAGGGUGAAUCUUUCUAUUCUUGUUUCACAGAAUUCUAUUUCACAUUCCUGUGUUGCCAUUCUCAUGCUAUUACAUUGUAUUAUUUAAUUUCUAGUUAUAUAUCUCCAUGAGAUAUGUACCAAGUACUUUGUUUCAUAUUGAAAAGUUUGAAAUUUAUCCUUAAACUUCCAGUCGUGUGUGUAUCCUAUGGUUAUCUGUAUGCAUUUUUUCUAUUAUUCUAAUAAAAUAUUUAUUACAUUGA